AUGUACGAAGGGAUUGACAACCUGAAAUCCCUUUACGACCGUGCCGGGAAGACUUUCUCCGGCGGUCCUUCUGCGGCACAGGAUGUGCCGCGUCGUACUGCUCAACCAGACCCAGUACGUCGAUCAUCAGUUGGGAGCGGGGCUCCCAAGAAUCCCAGGACGGGGGAUAGCCGCGCCACCGGACGAGAUAACUCGUCCGACGUCCGUUCACGUCGCGGUGGUUCAACAGCUGCUCAACUAGAUAGCGCUGGCCACCACGAGAGUCCUCUAAUGGAGGUGGAGGAGGAGGAAAGACGCUCUCCACACGAUCAUGUGGAUCGGUGUGUUCCCGAGAGCUUCUUUGAUCGCGUAACGCAAGGGUUACGCGACGAUCUCGAGCAUGAGCGAAAUAGGCGUCUCCAAAUGGCGGACACUGCCUCGAAGCAUCGAGCUGAGUUUGCCUUUGCUCAGCUUGAGAACGAGAGAUCUCUGACAUCUCUUCGUGACGAGCUAAGGGUAGCUCGUGGGAUUGUUGAUCGGUCUCGGGCUGAGAUAACUGCUCUUCAGACCCUUGUUGAUGCCCACCAUCGGGAGCACAAGGCUCUCUGCGAGAUGCUUGAGCGCAAGGGCGUUCUUCAUCGGAAGAAGCAGCGUACUGAUGGUACGGCUUAA